UGUAUCGUUGGACGCUGUACCGUGUUCGUAAAUUCGUUCUUAUUUUCAUGGAAAAUUUAAAUCGUCUUCUGAAAUGUGGAUACCACACUGUUAAUAUUUCUAUUUGGCAUAGUCAUAAUCUUAUUGAGAAAGGUUUAUGUUAUGAUAAAGCUCAAUAAGUGUCUAAACAAUGCUGUACCGAUUAAUUUGACCAACAACUUAAAUUGAAAUAAAAAGGUGCUAAAUUCACCACGGCGCAAUUAGCGUCUAUAUUUUGUGUAACUUGAAGAUAUUUAACCGCUAAAAUGGCUCUAAGAACUUACGGCGAUAAGCCGAUAAGUUUUCAAAUUGAAGAGGGUGGUGAAUUCUACUGUGUUGGAUCUGAGGUUGGUAAUUACCUGCGGCUGUUCCGUGGGUCGCUCUACAAGAAGUAUCCUGGCAUGGCCAGGAGGACUCUAACUAAUGAAGAGAGAAAAAGAUUAGUGGACAAUGGGCUGGGCCCCCAUGUUCUAACCAGCUCUGUGUCUUUGCUGAAGGCUUCUGAAGUAGAGGAUAUUAUUGAAGGAAAUGAUGAGAAAUACAAAGCUAUAUCUGUCAGUCAAGAGAUGGCAACUCCAAGAGAAGGCAAGAGCAAGAAGCCACAUAAUCCAUCAUGGAUGCCUGUUAUGCCAAACUCAUCCCACUUAGAUGCGGUUCCACAGGCCACCCCUAUUAGCAGGACGAGGGUCCAUAAUAAAAAGGUGAGGACUUUUCCUCUUUGCUUUGACGAUACAGAUAUGACAGCAAUGCUUGAAAAUGCAUCACAAAAACAGAUACUCGUUCCAAUUAGAUUAGAUAUGGAGAUUGAGGGUCAGAAACUAAGAGAUACAUUUACAUGGAACAAGAAUGAGUCAAUUAUAACACCAGAGCAAUUUGCCGAAGUAUUAUGUGAUGACCUUGAACUAAAUACAAGCACUUUCAUACCAGCUAUAGCAACUUCUAUACGUCAGCAAAUUGAAGGUUACCCCAGUGAACCACCAGCCAUCUUGGAGGAGCAGGCUGAUCAGAGGGUCAUCAUCAAGUUGAAUGUACAUGUUGGCAAUACAUCUCUUGUUGAUCAGGUUGAAUGGGACAUGGCAGAAAAAGAGAACAACCCGGAACAGUUUGCUAUGAGACUUUGUGCUGAGCUAGGUCUCGGUGGAGAGUUUGUCACAGGCAUUGCUUAUAGUGUGAGAGGACAACUGAGCUGGCACCAGCGCACUUAUGCAUUCAGUGAAGCACCUCUGCCGGUUGUUGAGACCCCAUACCGUCAGCCGUCUGAUGCCGAGCAGUGGGCCCCACACCUGGAGACCCUUACCAAUGCUGAGAUGGAAAAGAAAAUCCGCGACCAGGACAGAAACACUAGGCGUAUGAGACGUCUAGCUAACACCACUCCCGAUGUAUCGUUGAGCCGCGCCGUGAACCGUUUGAUCCGGGCCGACGAAGCUCUCUUCCAAACCACGCCUGAAAAGAGGAGGAAAAAGAUAUAAUCACUUGACACAACCAGUAAUCAUUACGACUAAAUUAUAGGUACCGUAUUCUGUAGUUUUUCUAACUGGUUGCCAACCGGUCUUCUAAGCUUAAUAAACGAUAAUUUAACAACGGUAG